CCGCCUCCCCUUCUCGGAGACGCUCUAAAUCACCGUAUUCUCCCCCCAAUUUGGGGGCGACCGCCAUCACCGUCGUCUCAUCCGCCCUCCGGGGGACGAUAGAAGAAGCAGCGAUGGAUCUGCUCAAGCGCGAGCUGCAGAAGAAGCGGCAGGCCCUCGCGGCCGACUUCGGUGGCAAGAAGCUCCUCAAACGCUCCGAGAUCGAACAGAAGGAGAUCCAAAAGCGUCGUGCCGAGGAGCAGCGCGAACUCCUCUCCAAAUCCCGCUCCUCCUCCGCCCCUUCCUCCUCCUCCUCCUCCGCCGCCGCCUCCUCCACCUCCUCCGGCCAAAACCCUAGCUCCGCCUCCUCCCUUCCCCCGGCCCUAUCAUCCUCCAAGAAGCCCUCCGACGCCCGCUCCGAGGAGCAGAGGAUCGACGACCUCGUCCUCCCCCGCCACGAGGUCAUCCGCCGCCUCCGCAUGCUGAAGCAGCCGAUCACCCUCUUCGGCGAGGACGACGACGCCCGUCUCGACCGGCUCAAGCUCACCCUCAAGUCCGGCGUCCUCGAGAUCGACAGCGACAUGACCGAGGGCCAGACCAACGACUUCCUCCGCGACAUCUACGAGCUCCGCAAGCGCCAGAAAUCCGGCUCCGCCUCCUUCCUGCGCGACCGGAGCAAGAGCAAGAGGGAGGACGGGGAUGGAUUGGAGGACGACGGGGUUGGUGCGGAUGCGGACGAGAAUUUGAGCGGGGACGGGGGGUCGUCGGGAGUGGAUGCCGACAAGGAUUUGAAGAGGAUGAAGACCAAAUUCGAGGAUCUGUGCGAUGAGGACAAGAUUCUUGUCUUCUUCAAGAGGCUUCUGAAUGAGUGGAACCAGGAGCUCGAGGAGAUGCCGGAGGCAGAGAAGAGGACGGCCAAGGGGAAGUCCAUGGUCGCCACUUUUAAACAGUGCGCGCGCUAUCUGCAUCCUCUUUUCAAGUUCUGCAGGAAAAAGGUUCUUCCAGAUGAUAUACGUCAAGCAUUGCUUGUUGUUGUGGAGUGCUGCAUGAAACGAGACUAUUUGGCAGCAAUGGAUCAAUACAUUAAAAUGGCCAUUGGAAAUGCACCAUGGCCUAUUGGUGUGACCAUGGUUGGCAUCCAUGAGCGUUCAGCUCGGGAGAAGAUCUACACUAAUAGUGUGGCACACAUCAUGAACGACGAGACAACUCGAAAAUACUUGCAGUCUGUGAAGAGACUAAUGACUCUUUGCCAACGACGGUACCCUGCAGAUCCAUCCAAAUCAGUUGAGUUUAAUAGCCUAGCAAAUGGGAGUGAUCUGCAAUCACUCCUAGCAGAGGAAAGAGGGCCGGGGAAAGCAGCAUCAGAAGAAAGGCUUCGGUUAAUGCCUGCAACAAAAGAAUAAAUUUCAUAUUUUAAUCUGAAACCAUUGUAGGUUGUCAAGUAAAUGUCUUUGGAUAUGCUAAAUAUUCUCUUCCACCUGUUUGUUUAUAAGUGAUUUGGCUAGCUUUGAUGUUUUGUAGCGCUGAAACUUGGUGUCCAUUUCAGCAAUGGUUGAAAUACUUGGGAGUGGCUUUGAAUUAGAAGAGAACCUUCCAGCCAUUCUUUUUCUUGCCCCUGUUAUUAAAAUUGGGACCUCUUAAUGCCAUCAUAAGCAUUAUUUUGUGCUUUACGAUGAUCUA